AUAUAUCCUCCCUGGUGACAUCUAUCUUGGUACAACCUAUAGCAUAUCAACAUGGCCGCCCAAAGCUACUACGGCAACCCCACCGGGGCCCCCUUCCACCCCUCUCCCGGCGAUCGCCCAAGCGGCUACCCCGCCAAUCCCUCCCCCCGACCCAACGACUACCCACCCCAAUCAGGUUGGGGAACUCCGCCCCCAGGAAACCAUGGUAGUCCGCCACCUAGACAAUCCUACCCGCCUUACGCCGAGGGCUACAACAAUUACCCACCGGGCCGAUCCAACAGCCCCUACCAACAGCAGCCACCCCCGGGCGGCCAAUCCUGGGAGUCCACCCCGCGGCCCUUCCACAACCAGCAACAGCCCGAGCCCCCGCGCUACUACGGUGGUUCCCCUCCUCCCGGAAGCCCCUACCAGAACCAGCAAAAUCAACAGGGGCAACCGCCCCAGUCUUACCCCUCUUCCUAUCAGGGCCGCAACAACAAUAAUAACAAUCACGAUGGCUACCCGCCCCGUCCUACCUCCGCUUCGCAGAACCCCCAAGACGACGAACGAGGCCUGAUGGGCGCCGUCGCCGGUGGCGCGGGCGGCGCCUGGGCCGGCCACCAAGUCAACCACGGCAUCCUUGGCACCAUCGGUGGGGCACUAACAGGGUCUGUCGCCGAAGAUGCGAUCAAAAAGCAGCGGGAGAAGAAGCACAAAGAAGAAGAGGAGGAGAGGCGACGAAAGGAAAAAGAAGAGCAGGACAGACUGCACUGGGAGAGGAUGCAGGCGGAGGAGCAGCGACACAGGAUGCAUGCUAACUCCCAUCCCCUCAAGGGGAACUUCUCUGCGUCGGCCUCCGAUGUCGCCCUUGAUGGUGUUACGCUGUCCGCGUCUUGUCGGGCUUUGUCUGGUGCGAAUCGUAGGUCGCGCAUCUCGCUGGAUACUGUUUUGUCGAAUACCUGGGGUGAGUUUACUUGGCAUCGGCAGGGUAACUUCUCGUCGAGUGCGCGCCACGUGCGCUUGGCCGAUGGGGGGAGGGUGUUGGAGGCGGAGUUGUCGGAUGGGAGGGGCGGUUGGAAACAGGCUUGGGUGAGACUUGAUGAGCGUAUUACCAACCGUGAUGGGAAGCUGUCAUUUGUGAAUUGAGUGGGAGACUCGUUGUUUAUAUCAGUUCAAUUACUCCAUUUCCGUUUUAUCUCCGUGUUUACUCGUUGUUGAAGAGUGGCGGGGAUGUUCGGGGCAAA